AUGGACUCCCCCUUGACCGACGUCGAACGAACCGCGCUCCAAACUAGCCUGGAGGCUUUAAACCGACAGGUCGGGAAAUACUCUGUAUCGGCGUUCAGAGGAGUCACUAACAGGAGCCGAACAGGUUACGUGAGCACCAAAUGUCUCUGUGCAGCCGUGGAGCUGAAGCUGGUCGACAUCCUCGCCGGCGCCGACAAGGCGGGUAUGACCGUGGACGAACUAGCUGAUGCCAGUGGAGGACACCCAGACCGACUGCAACAGGUGUUGCGAGUUUUGCGCAACGAUAACAUCUUUGACUACGAUGCGGUCUCCCACCGGUACCGCAACAACCGGGUGUCCGAACUGCUGCACUCGGAGCAUUGGACACAGUGGCACAACUGGGUAGACCUGUAUGGAAACGAAUUUUAUGAUAUUGCCCGGGGGAUUCCUCGUUCCAUCCGGCGCGAGGAGGCGCGGUGGGCUGCUCAGAUAAAUUUUGACACUCGUGACGAUAUGUUCACCUAUUUUCAGGCGCAGGGCUGGCUGCCGCGUCUGCACCGCACCCUUGGUGGAGGUGCUAUUGCCCAAGCACCUGGCAUCGUGGCCGACUAUCCCUGGCACGAGAUCGGCUCCCGGACCGUCCUUGAUGUCGGCGGUGGUGGUGGCGGAUUUCUCGCUUCCCUGCUCCGAGAGUAUCCCCAGAUGCGAGGGGGGAUUCUGGACCUUCCACGGACCAUUGAACACGCGUGCACCCUUUUCCAUGAGCCCCAAGGACCGUACUACGAUCUACGUGAGCGAGUUCCUCGCGAAAACCUCAUUGCGGGAGAUUUCCUGAAGUCAGUCCCGGCGUUUGAGAUCUAUACGAUGAAGUGGGUUCUGCAUGACUGGAAGGACCCGGACGUUCUCACGAUUCUGCGCUGUAUCCGUGCCGCCUUGAUUGACGGUCCCGACAGUCGAUUGGUGAUUCUCGAAUCGAAUCUCUCGGAUGGUCAAAUGGGACGUCUGUCGCGUUACGGCGAUAUCAACAUGAUGAUGACCGCGAACGGUCAGGAACGAUCCGAGGAGCAAUGGAGGGCGUUGGCUGCGGCGUCUGGCUGGGCGGUUUCCCGGAUCUAUCCUAUGCGACGCGCAUGGGUUUAUCCCAAUGGGGCCGUCGUUAUGGGGGAUAUGGAAUACGAUGGCCGAGUAAUCCUCUACAUAAUCAAAGCGGACGAAACCUCCUACAUCAACUACAUUAAGCCCUUGAUCCUGGCCGAAGAGAUACAAUUUCCGCAUGUCCUCUCGGUGAUUGACACCCGUGAUGAAUGGUUUUAUAGUAUUCAUCCCGAGCGGAUGGUGCCAUCCCUGAAAGACCAAGACCCGGUGACCGGGGAAAAGGUGAUCGUCUUUGAGAGCACGGCCUGUCUGCAGUACUUGGUCGAUCGCUUCGACACCGACGGCACCUGGAGUGGGCGAACUGUGGCCGAGAAGGGGGCCAUUCUAUCGUGGACGGCAUACCAAACUGCCGCCCUUGGGCCAACAGCCAAGUAUUGGUUGUAUUUCAAGCGAGGCUAUCCCACGCGGGCCAACCCCGUUCAACUCCCUCGGACAAUUGAAAAACUACACGCAAAUACCCUCAGACAGUGGGAUAUCCUGGAGAAGAGGCUGAAGGAGCCUGGACAACAGUACAUUGCGCUGAAGGAUCGGCCCACACUGGCGGAUCUCUCCUACUUUCCCUUUGCCAUGCCUUGGAUGUUCACCUUCCUCGGCGUGGAUAUCAAGGAUUGGCCCCAUAUUAAGCGCUGGAGUGAGAGAAUGCUUAGUCGGCCAGCGGUGGCAAGGGUUCUACAGCGCGCUCCGACCCUCGGACAUUGA